AUGGCGACCACGUCUCGCUCACUGUACCGUACACUGCGCCUGCGGUCCUUCUCCACAAGUACGAAGCCGUCGCACCACAACAGCCACCAGCAGAAUCACCAGUACACAGAUCCCAAUUCCUUCAUUGGGUGCUGGGAGGCCCCCAAGGACCCCAAGGAGGCCGAGGCCAAGCUUGCGCAGCUCCGCAGAGACUACGCCAAGCAGGUCAAGGAGGUCCGCAAGGAGUACAUCCAGGAGGUCGAGCUCAUGAGGCUCGAGAAGCUUCGCAAGGACGAGGCUCGUAAAGAAGCCCUUAGGCUCCAAAAUGAGGAACGUAAGAGACUCAAGGCUGAGGCUGCUAAGGUCCGUGCCCAACAGCGUGAGGUUGCUGAGCAGGAGUUCCGCCAGACCCUGUGUGGGAAAUGGAAGGGGAAGUUUGUUGGGUCUGGAAUUGAUUAG